GGUCAGAACCACCUUCUGAGGACAGACAGCAUCUGAGAUUUAAUCCACACAGUGUGGAUUCAGACGUCUUCACCCUGUUGACCGCCCUGACUCUGCCGUUGGACCUGGGGAAAAGGUUUUCAUCGUGACACCGACACGCCCGAACAUGGACAGGAACAGGAAGUGGGUGCCAGGCUUCGAAGCUGUGCUAUUGAUACUCCUGAGUCACACGACUGUAGCGCUCGAAGUGCCUCUUGAUCCUAAAGUACUGGACGGAUUGCCCCAGCCCCCGACUAUAACACUGCAGUCUCCGAAAGAUUACAUCUUUGAUCCGCGGGAGAACAUCGUCAUCCACUGUGAGGCCAAGGGGAAGCCUCAACCCAGCUUUUCAUGGACGAGAAAUGGGAGCCACUUUGAUGUAGAGAAAGACUCCAAAGUCCUAAUGAAGCCCGGUUCAGGAACUCUGGUCAUCGACAUCAGCCAGGAGAAGGCUGAAGCCUACGAGGGAACGUACCAGUGUACAGCUCACAAUGAGCACGGCACCGCUGUGUCCAACAACAUCGUCAUCCGACAGUCCAGGUCCCCCUUAUGGUCGAAGGAGAGAAAUGAGGCCAUCGUGGUGCAGAUGGGGGUCUCCCUGGUGCUGCAUUGCCGACCCCCUGCUGGGUUACCUCCUCCUGUCAUCUUCUGGAUGGAUAACAAUUUCCAGCGGCUGCCCUUGGAUAAACGAGUGUCCCAGGUCCUGAAUGGAGACUUGUACUUUUCCAAUGUUCUCCCAGAAGACACCAGGAGCGACUACAUUUGCUACGCUCGCUUCCCGCAUACGCAGACCAUCCAGCAGAAACAGCCCAUCUCAGUCAAUGUGCUGGACAGUAACCCAGAGGGGGAGCGUCGCCCUGGUUUUAUGCUGCCUCUUGGCACCACCAGCACCAAGAUGGUUCUGAAAGGAGAGACUCUGGAGCUAGAAUGCGUCGCUGAGGGCUUGCCCACUCCGGAUAUCUCUUGGCAGAAGGAUGGAGGAGAGUUGCCAAGCAGCAGAACGUCUUUCCACAACUUCAAGAAAACGCUGAAGAUUUCCGACGUGAUUGAAGAGGACGGUGGCGAUUACCGCUGCACGGCCACAAACAACCUGGGAACCGCGCACCACAUCAUCAAGGUCAAUGUCAAAGCUGCUCCUUUCUGGGUCAGCGCUCCCAGGAACCUGAUCCUCGCUCCGAAUGAAACCGGCAUCUUGACAUGUCGAGUCAGUGGAGUACCCAAACCAAAGAUCAGCUGGUUUGUCAAUGGAGUUCCCAUAGAGAAUGCUCCAGAGGACCACAGUCGCAAAGUGGACGACGACACUGUGAUUCUCAGCAACGUUCCAUCAGGGUCCAGCGCUGUCUACCAAUGUAACGCGUCCAAUGAGUUUGGCUACCUGAUGGCUAACGCUUUUGUCAGCGUUCUUGCUGAACCUCCAAGGGUUCUCACGCCACCCAACAGAGUGUACCAGGUCAUCAGCAACAACCCUGCAUUACUUCACUGUGCCUCCUUUGGCUCACCAAUACCAACCAUCACAUGGUUCAAAGACAGUCAGAUCAGCAUUAAGGAUGGUGAUCCAUAUGUGAUCCAUGAGAACGGUACACUGGAAAUCAAUGUGGCCCAACCACUGAAUAGCGGAAAGUACACCUGCAUUGCCACCAACAACCUGGGGAUCAAGGAGAACCACGUCUACCUGGAGGUUAAAGAGCCCACUCGUAUCCUGAAGCAGCCGGAGUACAAGGUGGUGCAGAGAGGAAUGAGCGCCGUGUUCGAGUGUAAAGUCAAACACGACCCUUCUCUCGUUCCCACCAUGACCUGGCUCAAAGACAAAGGAGAGCUGCCAGACGAUGAGAGGUUUGAAGUGGACACCGACAGUCUGCUGAUCAAAGACGUGACCGAUGAGGAUGAAGGCACUUACACCUGCAUCAUGAACACCACCCUGGAUCAGGACUCAGCUAGCGCCAUGCUGACCGUUGUUGAGGCAACUCCUACGCCGGCAAUUGUCUACGAGAAACCUGACCAGCCGACUGACCUGGAACUGACUGACCAAACAGAGAGAACCGUUCAGCUCACCUGGACCCCAGGAGAUGAACACAACAGUCCCACAGAGAAGUUUUUGAUCCAGUAUGAGGAUCUGCUCCAUGAGCCGGGAGUUUGGAUCAACCUGACCGAAGUUUCUGGUACCAGCACGACGGCUCAGUUGCACCUCUCUCCGUACGUCUACUACGCUUUCAGAGUGCUGGCUCUGAAUAGCGUUGGCUACAGCGAUCCCAGCCAGCCCUCACGGCAGUACAGGACCAACCCUGCAGCUCCUGAUGAAAAUCCAUCAGGUGUUCAUGGAGUAGGACUGGAGCCGGGCAACUUGGUCAUCACCUGGACACCACUGACAGGAUUCCAAUCCAAUGGGCCCGGUCUGGAGUACAAAGUGCAGUGGAGACAGAAGGACGUGGAGGAGAACUGGUCGUCAAAGAACGUGGCCAACGUUUCUCAGUUUAUUGUGUCAGGAACCCCGACCUACGUGCCCUACGAGAUUAAAGUUCAGGCUCUGAAUGACUACGGCAACGGACCUGACCCUGAAGUAGUGACGGGGUACUCUGGAGAAGACUUGCCUUUGUCUGCUCCUGAUAGUGUGCGAGUGAUGGUUCACAACAGCACACUUGCAGAGGUUCACUGGGAGCCUGUAGCUUUCCCCUCAGUCCGAGGAAAACUACAGGCCUACAAGGUGUACUACCAUCGGGAGCGUGGCUUACAAGAGACAGAAAAGGAGACAAAGGAGGAGGACCAGGUUUUAACUUUCAGCGGGAACCGUAGCGAGGGACGUCUGCCAGGCCUCCAGCCUUACAGCGUCUACAGCCUCUUCGUCAAGGUCCUUAACAGCAAAGGAGAAGGGCCUCCCAGCCCCAGCAAGACUUUUGAGACACCUGAGGGAGUCCCAGGGCUUCCUUCUUUUCUGAACGUGGUCAACCGUGGUUUGGACUUUCUCACUCUGGAGUGGGGCCCACCGAAGAACAACAAUGGCCGCCUCGCUGGAUACACGCUCAAAUACCAACCAGUCAACUACACUAGUGAACUGGGACCAGAAAAGGUCAUGACCUUUUUGGCCAAUGAGACCACCAUCACCCUGGGCAACCUGAACGCCAGCAUGCUCUACAAGUUUUACCUAAGCGCCAGAACAAUCAAGGGCCCUGGCCCCAUCAUCACAGAAGAGGCCUCCACGGUCGUGGACACAACUCGUACUCAGCCCACUGUAGAGACGGGCAAAGGCCCCACAGAGCCCCCUCACCCAACUUCCCCCAUCACUCAGUCUCUGCAUUCCCCGUUUCACAAGGUGCCUCCUGUAGGCCCUCCGUUUGGUACAGUUAACACGUCUGUAUCAGAGGACGGUGCAGUGAUCAGUUGGGAAUACUUUGGACACCAUAAGAAUGUAUAUGUGGAAUAUAUUGUAGAAAACAGUAAAGAGGACUGGAAAAAGGAGGCGGUAAAUGGUUCACACUCGCAUAUGAUAAAGGGUUUAAAGCCGGGGAUGUCCUAUAGGGUGCGUGUGGUAGCUAGAGAUGCAGCUGACCCGACAGACCACCGCACAGACGAGGUGUUGGUUACGGUGCCAGCUGUACCCAGUCGGCAGGUAGACAUCGCCACCCAGGGCUGGUUUAUUGGACUCAUGUGUGCCAUCGCUCUCCUCAUCCUGGUGCUCCUCAUAGUGUGCUUCAUCAAGAGAAACAAGGGAGGCAAAUAUCCAGUCAAAGAGAAAGAAGAUGCUCACCAAGACCCAGAGAUCCAGCCCAUGAAGGAGGAUGAUGGGACAUUUGGAGAGUACAGUGACACAGAGGACCACAAGCCGCUGAAGGGCAGCCGGACGCCGUCCAACGGGACGGUGCGCCGCGACGAGAGCGACGACAGCCUGGUGGACUACGGGGAGGGCGGGGACGGACAGUUCAACGAGGACGGCUCCUUCAUCGGCCAGUACAGCGGCAAGAAAGAGAAAGACACGCACGAAGGCAACGAGAGCUCGGAGGCCCCGUCGCCCGUCAACGCCAUGAACUCGUUCGUCUAACGAAGGGCCGACAGCCCGGCGGCAACUGUUGCUACGGCCUGCAUCCUCGUCACCCUGGCAAAUGUGACCAUGGAGACCGCCUCUGUGGUGACAGUUGCUAAGGUGACAGUCGUUUUGUGGACGCCUACUUUUACCCCCGUUGGUGGCUGUCGCUCUGGUGGCCAUGGCUACCCGUCACCAAGACUGCUGACACGUCCUCAUCCCCACAUCCCCGCCAGCCCCCCGAAGUCACACUGUGACCUCCCAAUGAACACACACUCAACAAGACUGACACUACAUCCCCCCCCCCUCCCUCCUCCCAAUGAAAGCUGAAAGAAGGUGUGAAACAAG